GGGCUGAGGGCAGCGUGUGGCUGUUGUCGAGCUUUCCUUCUGGUCAGUUGUUUUCUUGUGGUGCCUACAUUGUGAGAACCAUAAUAUUCAGUCCUCCCUCUGAUGUUAUAUAUCUGCUGUAUUCUCUGGAGUCUUUGCAGGCUGAAGAGCCGAAGUUUUGUUUACUGUAUGGGUGGUAGCCAUCCUUAUCUCACUUCAUGCUCAUUACCUAUUUCUGGAACAUUUCCAGUUAGCCGUUCCUCUUCUGAGUUGAAAAGAGAGCCAUAUCGUAUGCAUUUGAGAUGCAGACAUACCGUGGAUGUACAUCAUAGCCUAAGAAUACUUAACCUUUGUAGUUUUUAACUUCUUGAUAAUGCCUUGUGUGCUGUUAGCUCACGGUCACUCAGAGAAAAACAGUUAGCACUUUGAUGAAGAUAUUUAACAGAACUUGAGGGUUGUCCUUCUGAUUUUUGAUAGCCCAAAGUCUCUCAUUUUAAAAGGAAAGUUAGGAUUGUUUCCUCAUAAGUAAAAGAAAUAACAGUAGUUGGAAGCGAAUAAUUGCUUGAUGAAGUGUUAUUUCCUACAUCACUUAAAAUGCUAGACAAAACAAAACAAAAAAAAAAACACAGAAAAAAAUGGAAAAAUGCUGCCUCACUAGAGCAGAGGUAAGCAGGUGGACUCUGGCACUUUGCUUUACAACUGAUGUAGCUGUUGUUUGGGAUUUGAUAAAGAUACGGUUGUGUCAGAUGUAAGUAUUUUGGUGUGGAUAUUUGUAGGUGACAAGCACUGCCAAAUUACAAACAGCUCUUCCCUCAGACUGCAGUAUCUGUGCUACUGGUAGGAGGCAUUAGCGUCUCAAAACUUGUUACUGGGUGAGUAGGCUUUUGUAGGGACUUAGUGGGGAGGAAUCUACUUCAACUUGUGGUCAAGAGUGUGAAGGAAAAAGAAGAAGAGGUGGUUCUGCAGUUAACUACCUGCCUCAUCUUCCUUGCCUGGUCAUCCUUGGAGUGUGGAACUUUAUCAUAAUGCAGGCACUCCCAUAAGUGCUUACUUCCUUAGAGCUGGCCAUACAGACCUGACUUGUCUAAGUUGCUGCAAUAUUUUUUUUUUCAAGGAAAAGGGGAAAAAACAUUUUUUGAUACAGAACAGAGCUAUGUGCAUAGCUCUGUGUCAGCUGAGGAAGGUAUGUGUGGUAGUGGGCUGAUGUAUGCCAGGCCACGUGCUGUAUGCUCUGCGGGGGGUGUUUGUUUUCUGCAGUAUGGCAGUGGUGUUGUUGCUGGAUGACUUCAGUUUUUUUCUGUAAACACUGACUUGUAAUUUGUAAGUGAUACUUUGGAGCACCACUGGGAAUGAGUGACUUAAACCUUUUAGACAAUAUAGUGAUCCUAAGAAUAGGAGAAGAGAAAAUAUAAUCUUUCAACUUCGUUGUUGCUAGCUCGUGGAUUUGGUCUCAGAAGCAAAACUGAAAGUGAUUGCACCUUUUUCUUCUCACUGCUGGAUCUGGCCUGCAGUAUUUUUUUUCCUCUCGUGCGCAUGCAAUACAGAGCAAAGGAAUCAGGGCAGAAGUCACUUCUUUUAAGAGAAGGAGAUUUAACACAAGUAAAAUGGAAACUGAAACAAAGUUACCUGAAACAUCAUGCAGAAAGUAAGGAAGUCUUAAGUGUAAGAUAUAUGAAUGAAUAAUGAGUAAAUGUUAUUUUCUCUUAAAUAGAACUUCUAUUUUCAGAAUAUUUUAAUAUGUUGACCUGCUGUUCAGCUAUUUGUUAAUUUAUUUGUUAGUUGAUGGCUAGCAAAAAAACGAUUAGAAAUUAUUGAAGACGUGGAAGAGCUCCAUCUCCAUUGUUCUAAUAGUACCUUGCAGUGCUCAAUUGUUAUCUGAAAGACAAAAAUCUUUAGUUUGGAGAAGACAAGUCAGGUUUCUGGAGCAGCUCAGCAGGCCAUCUCAUCUAACAUUGUCACAUUGACAGCCUGAGCUAUUUAGCUGGUGGCAAAAGUACUGUAAUGCCACAGUAGGCACCACCUUACUUGUUUUUAAUUCCAUUAGCUUGUGGCUUCAUGUUGCUUACAUAAACUUUAGUGACUUUGGGGCAUUAAAUAUUCCUGACACUACCCUAUCUCCAUGUCAUAAGCUUUUUGUCAUCCGCUUGUUCCGUAUUUCACAGUUGGUAAUAGCAUGAAUAUUCUGAUAAACUGAUAUGUGAGAAAUUUAGUUCCACUUUCUAACAGGAACUGCUAUCCACCUUCUCUGGUAUUUUGUUUCUAACAUAAUUUCUUGCAGCCUUUCCCUCUGUAAAUUGCAGACCUGAAACUAUGAAAUCCUUACUUAAAGUAUCUUCAAUUAAAGGUAUUACUAUUUAAAAUGAUCAUUGUAAUUCAAAUCAAUGACAGUGUAAAAAUGGUUUCACGGAGCUAUAACUGAAAAGCUCUGGAAGAUGUUUUUGAAAACAGUUUUUCAGAGGAAAGGGAACGAGGGGUUGUUUACAAGUUAAAAAUAGCUUUCUGGUUUUAAAAAGUAGGUCUUCUAGGGUGUAUCAGGGGGUGAUUUAUUUUCUCUGUAUUAUCUGCUUGUUCUGGUAACAAGGAAGGCAGUACUAAUUAUCUAAUAUCAUGUACCACUCUACAGUCAAUCUCUGCCCUCGAGGGGAGAGAAGGCCUUGCAGAGAGAUCUUGACAAAUCAGAGCUGAGCGAUCUCCAACUGCAUGAAGUUCAACAAGAAUAACUGCCAGAUUCUGCACCUGGGAAGUGGCGGCCCUGACUGUAGGUUCUAAAUGGCUUCUAAGAAGUUGGGAUCCGACUCUCAUGGGCCUUUCAGCUAUCUUGAUGAUGUCCCAUUUAAGAUAGGAGACAAAUUUAAAACCCCUGCGAAGGUUGGAUUACCCAUUGGUUUCUGCAUGCCUGAUUCUUUUCAGCUUGUCAGAGAAGCCCAGUAUGACUUCUCCCUGGAAAAGAAAACAAUUGAGUGGGCUGAAGAUAUCAAAAAAAUUCAAGCUGCCCAGAAAGAAGCUGAACGCAAGGCUGAAGAAGCAAUAGCAAACUCAAAAGUGGCUCCAGAGGACAACAACAGAAUGGGGUUCUCAGAGGGACCUUGCCCUGAGGCCAUGCCUCCACCUAUUAACCCCAUACUCGCUAGUCUGCAGCACAAUAGUAUUCUUACUCCUACUCCAGCCAACAGCAGUGCUGUGAAGCAAAAAGUUCUUAGUCCACCUCAUCCAAAAGCAGAUUUCAACCCAGCUGAUUUCGAAUGUGAAGAAGACCCAUUUGACAAACUGGAAUUAAAAACUAUCGAUGAUAAGGAGGAGUUAAAAAACAUUCUUGAAAUUCAUGUUGGUACUACUGGGCCAGUUGUUGCCCAGCUGUUAGACAACAGCUUGCCCAAAGGAAGGUCUGAGUCUGUGUUACAAGAUCAGGAAGUUUUGGCAUCCAUAGAAAGGGCCGCGUUGGACCUCAAGCCCCUUCACAAACCCAAUGGCUUUAUCACUUUACCGCAACUGGGAAACUGUGAAAAGAUGUCCUUGUCUUCCAAAGUGUCUCUGUCCCCUAUCACUUCAGUGAGCAAUAUCAAAUCCCUGUCCUUUCCUAAACUUGACUCGGAUGAGAGUGAUCAAAAGUCAUCAAAGCUCAUGAGCACUUUUCACAGCACUAGUUGUCUCCGCAAUGGCACUUUUCUCAGCUCUUUGCAGGCCUGUGCUCAGAAUAAAGCUAGCGAACUGAAUGGACACCAUAUGGUUGACCUUUCUGCUGUAAACGAGGACAGUGGAAUGGAGAUGUCAACAUUAUCCUCUUCAUCCAGACUGCAGUCCCUGGCUUUGUCAACACUGUGUACAGAAGAGCAAAGCACAGUGACCACGGUACACCCAGACAAGGAGACAGAAGUCCCUGUGGUAACACACCAAAAUUUCCCAGUGUCUAAAGUGCCCAACAACACGACCUGUACAAAGCAGUCAGGUUUUCCGGAGUUACAGCAGGCUCUCUCUGCUAGCGAGAGGCAGUGUGUAGAGACAGUUGUCAACAUGGGCUAUUCACCUGAGAACGUCCUGAAAGCCAUGAAGAAGAAGGGGCAGAACAUUGACCAGGUUUUGGAUUACCUGUUUGCACAUGGACAGCUUUGUGAGAAGGGCUUUGAUCCACUUCUUGUUGAAGCAGCUUUGGAGAUGCACCAGUGUUCAGAGGAGAAGAUCACAGAACUUCUCCAACUAAUGAGUCAAUUUAAAGAAAUGGGCUUUGAACUUAAGGACAUUAAGGAGGUCUUAUUAUUACAUAACAAUGACCAACAAAAUGCUUUGGAAGAUCUAAUGGCCCGUGCAGAAGCCAGCUGAAAACACAUUCCUGAGUUCUUGGCGUGCAAUGGAACAGCCCCACCACCUUCACGUUCAGUGUGACUUGCUCUCAGCAAGGAGUCCAGUUUUUUGCAUACAUGGGAAAGUGACUGAGCAAGCCUGCCUGCGUGCAUCACUCCAGCAUUUCUCUUUUCACUGGGAGCCAACUUUCUUUCUUAAAUUAAAUUUUUGAAGUGUCCUUUCCUAAGUUUCCUUUUUCCAGCUUGGCCACGGAGAGUUUAGACUGCCCAGCCGCUACUGGAAUUGUAUAUAAUCAGAGACAGGAGUGGUCCUCCUCACUGUUGCACUGGAGUCGGACAGGGGAUUACUAAAUUUGUUCUGAAACAUAUAAUGCUUUGGUUCUUUGAAGCUGCUUUCUUGGUGUCUGCCUGUACUGAAUUACUUGACUGUGUCACAGUCCAGAUUAUCUGGUGAAAUUUGACCUUUAGUGCAAUGGAGUUUUAUUUUUUGGUUGAAAGUUAGCCUGUAACUUAGUGAAACACUGGUUUGGAAAUUGUCGCCAUGCAUUAAGAGAGAAGCUGUUCCUCUUGUUUCUUCUUUAACCUGCACAUCCAACACUUCUGCCAGACAUAAGUGUCCUAUGCUAAGUGGUUAUAAGUUCUCUAGAAGUAUUAUCCAGACCUGCAAUUUGUGGUGGUUCUUGAACCUGAAGGCAGAGAGCUGGGACUCAGUAUUCUUAAUUCCCCAGGCUUGUAGGAUAUUUAAGAAAAUGCUCUGCUAGGAAAUCAGUUAUCUUAUGUUUUAAAUAAUACUCAGUGUGAUGCAGGAGGUUUCUUUCAAGCACUUUCUUUAAAAUAAGCAUACUCACUGCAUUAGUUCCAUUUUUUACACUGCCAUAGAAUUACAUAAUAACACCUAGUACUAGAUAUCAGGUAAUCAUAGAAUCAUAAGAUAAGAAUUGCAGGGGACCUCUGGAGAUAGAGUCCAACUGCUUGCUAAAGCAGGUUCUCUACAGUAGGUUGCAUGGGAAAGUGUCCAGGUGGGUUUUGAAAUCUCCAGAGAAGGAGACUCCACCUCUCUGUGCAGCCUAUCGCAGUGCUCUGCCACACUCUUAAAUAAACAUUUGUGGAAUCCAUCCAACAACAAAAUGUCUGUUUCCUCAGAAAAAUGUGGAAGCACAGAAAGCAUGUUUUGAAAGGGCUUCUCCUACACUAGCUAUUUAAUAAGUAAGAAAAAUUUUUAUCACUUCUGUUCCUAGUGAAUUUACUCAGUUUUCCAGAAGGCAAAUCCUUUCAACGAGUAUUAGAGUAACUUGCAAGAAGCUGAAGUUCCAGAAAUACAAGCGUCAGCUCUGUACUUUUUCCUGGAGUUCCAAUGCUGCCUCUUAUUUCAGUACAGCCAGAUGAUAUCAGGAGCACUGCCUCUGCUGCUGGUUUUAACUCCUCUCUCGUUCCUUCUGGAGGACUUGCUGGAAGAGCUAAUGUGCGUACUGCUUUUGUGGUGACUGGUUGCUGUGGUGAUGCUGCCAAGCAUGUUCCUUGUUAUGUGAGAUUAUCUAAAAACACAGGAGGAUAAUACUCUGCAUCAUCUGGGAGUAGUGAAGAGAAAUCCAAACCUAUCAUAUCUGAGGAAAUGCUGGAUAUUGGAGGAUAAUGGAAUGGCUUGGGAUAGUCUGUUAACAGCGGAGGAAUAGCAGCAGUAUCAACUCUGGCGGACAAUAGUUUAUACAAGAGAACCCUCUUUGUUGGGCUUCGUUGUGUUUCCAACAAGAAUAUAUACUUCAUUUUGGCAGGAGGAUUUUCCACUUCAUCAAAAGAGUUUUUAGUUGUCAAGUCAGCGAUAUCAACUUUUUUCUUGUUUUCCUCAUUGCCCACCAUCUUGGAACAUGGUUUUGUAACAACACCAGAUCUUUCUGUUUUGGUGCGCUGUGGACUUCAGAUUAUCACACCACCCCUCUUAGGCCUCGUGUGCCACAAGGAACCAUCUUCUUGGAGUUUAAUCUCACCUACACCUGAGCAUUCAUCAAGGAUUUCUAUUAAGUGCCCAUCUAGUGUUAGGCUCUCAUAAGAUGCCUUUUUGUUGCAGAUGGAAUGGAUCCAGGUAGGCUUCUGAUAGAAUCAUUCAUUUGAAGAUGAAGAGUAGCAUCAAAACAUUGCAGGUGUGUGCAAGUAGGGAUUGACAGUCUCAUUUUUCACAGAGAGUACAUCAGAGAUGACAGUGAACUUGCCAGUCUGCAGUUAGGAUCCGUACUUAGUUCUUCUUUAAUUAGAGCUCUAGAAUAAUCAGGGUUUUGGAUACCUUUCACUUUUACCCUCUGCAAAAGCAUAGCUGAAGUGAGAUGACAUAUGAGAUACAGAGACAUUGAGUAAUUCUUUCCUAUUUCAGAAGCCCAGGAAAUAGAAAUCUAUUCUGGCACUGCUGACAACAGCCUAUCUAGAGAUGUUAUAUUCAAGGGGCAUCCAGAUUCCUUCUGUUUAAUUCCAUUUGGUGGAGCAUAUCCAGCAAUGGAAACAGCUUCCAAUUUACUUUAAUGCACAAACUGUUAGGGUAAUUAUCUUCUUGAGGGCAGUUUGUCUCUGCUUGCCAUAAUCUUAGCUGCACUUGGACUUAGUAAUCUCUUUUGUCCCCUGGAAAGAAGUCCCUGGAAAUACAAAUUUCUCUGACCUGCUGAGGUGUUAAAGCAAAGAGGAAAAACUAUUCUUGGAACCUCUGAAUACUGCUCUGUACUAAACUUGUAGGCUUGUUAAGUAGUAGUACAUCAAGCACAUUGUAAAAAGGCAGGCUUUUCAGCUGGAUGUCAGGAUGGGCAGGUGGGAUGGAAGGGGAUGGCUGCUGCAUCUCAAAGUGAGCCUUAGUGUCUUGCAGGAGCACGAAGGUGACAGGCAAGGAAGGAAACUGAGGUGUGACUAAAGCAGAAGGGAGUGGGUGAAUCCCAGCAAUAUCCCACACAGGGUCUGUGGGAGAGGAACUGCUGUCCAGAUGAAAAACAGCAGGUUUUAUAGCUGAUAAAUCCAAAAGUCCUUUGAUUGUCUACGGGUACCUACACCUAUAGAGUUCAUAGAAUCGUAAGGAUUGGAAGGAACCUUUGAAGCUGAUCUAGUUAUGCCCCCUGCUAAAGCAGGUUCCCUACAGUAGAUUGCACAGGAAAGUGUUCAGGCAGGUCUUGUGUAUCUCCAGAGCAGGAGACACCACAACUUCUCUGGGCAGCCUGUUCCAGUGCUCCACCACCCUCACAGUAAGAAAGUUCUUUCGCAUGUUUUUAUGGAACUUCUUGUGUUUUCGUUCAGGCUCAUUGCCCCUUUUCCUGUCACUGCCACUGUCACUAGGCACCACCAAAAAGAGCCAAGUCCCAUCCACUUGACACCUGCCCAUAGAUAUUUAUAAGCAUUGAUGAGAUUUUUCCCCCCCCAGUCUUCUUCUCCAGGCUGAACAGCCCCAGGUCUCUCAGCCUUUCCUCAUACAGGAGACGCUCCAGGCCCACAGCCAUCUCUGUGGCCCUCUGCUGGACUCUGAGUAGUUCCCUGUCUUGAAUUGGGCGCAGUACUCCAGAUGUGGCCUCACCAGGACAGAGAGGAGGAGGAUCACCUCCCUCAACCUCUGGCCACACUUCUUAAUGCACCCCAGAAUACCAUUGGCCACAAGGGCACACUGCUGAAUCAUGGCCUACCUGUUGUCCACCAUGUCCUUCUCUGCAGAGCUCCUCUCCAGCAGGUCAGGCCCUAACCUGUGCUGACGCAUGUGGUUAUUCCUCACCAGGUGUAGGACCUACUCUUGCUCUGGUUGAAUAUCAUCAGGUUCCUCUCUGCCCAACUCUCAGUCUGUCCAGGUCUCACUGAAUGGCAGCACAGCCUUCUGGUGUGUCAGCCACUCCUCCUGGCUUUGUAUCAUCAGCAAACUUGUUGAGGGUGGACUCUAUCCCUUCAUGCAGGCCACUGAUGAAGAUGUUGAACAAGACUGGAACCAGCACCAACUCUUGGGGAGUACCACUGGUUCCUGGAUUUUUAUCUGAACUGCUGGGCUGCAGCUGCUUUUCAGUAAGUGCAGUGCCCUCGUCAGGAGGUCAUUUCAGUCUGCUUUUAUUAUUCCCAACGAAGCCCAACAGUACUUGUAGUUCAGAAACAUAAAACCUAACACCAUAUUCUGCAGUUCCUUGAAAUCUGCUAUCUUCUGCACACUGAUAGAACCAAGUAUUAUGCUGUGCAUUGUUCAAGUUCUAAAUGCAUAAAAUAUCAGCAGUCUUGAGGAAUCUUUAAUUUGCUGAACAUUUUGAUUCUGCAGAAUAAUAAUAAAACCCUCAGAUGUAACUUCCAGUGUCAUGGUUCCCAUCUCUCAUGCUCUUUGACUUCAGCUGAUGAAGAACUUGCUGGAUCCUACAAGCCCUGGUCCUGCUUUCUCCUCUAGGCAUGCAUGGAUGUGGUCUGCUUUGGGCAGAGCUACCAGAGGUCUCCAGACAGGUGGGUGCAGAGGUAGAAGGUGCUUCUUUUUUCUGUGGCUUAUUUUUGUUUUAUUAAAAAAAAAAAAAAAAAAAAAACCUAACAAAAAAACUAACAAAAAAAAAAAAAAAACAAAAACACAAGCUUGGGGAUCAAAACUCAUGUUAGAACAUGGAGCUGGGAGUAUUGGACUCUGGGAGGGGAGGACAGCCCAGCUCCUUACCUCAACUCAUAUUUUUCAGUAGUAAAGUUUUUUAGUUCAUCAGGACUCUGAAGGGGAUUGCAUUGGUUUCCAUUAUUUUAUUAAAAUGCAUCUAAAACAUCUCAUCUGGAGUCAGUGUUAGGUCCUGGAAUUCUCCUAUGAGAUGCACGGUAUUAAUUACCUUUAUUUUAAACAGAAUGAUGUUGAAAUGUAGCUGGCAAGCAUCUAGGAGAUCUGGGGAUAGAUGAUGAGCAGGACCAGUGCAUGCUUCCAGUGCACUGUGUGCUGUAACACUGAGCCUCACCUCACCAGCUUCCAGCGAUGGGACUGAGAUCAAAAGUUGUGUAAGAAGGGCAUUCCAGCUUGAAGGGCCAACAACUAACUUCUAGUUUGGGGCUGCCACUGUGGGUUCAGGUAAGGGUGUCCAGCUCUGCUUCCCUGAUGCAAAAUAUGAUAGUUUGAAACAUGGAAAUAGUGUUGCUGAUAAGUCAGAAAAGCUGGAAAGCAGCAAAAAAAGUGCUUUACUGUUACUGCUGUGAGCAGUUGGCUGUGUUGCUUGUUUAGCUUCUCACAUCUAAUUCUGAACGGGUUCCUGUCUGGCAGUAGACAGUCCUGAACAGGCAAGAACCAUUGCUACUGAAGAAGCAAACUACUUAGAUCAAACAUCUAAAUAAAGUCAUCUCUCUGGUUAAUGUGUUUUUUCAGUCACUGGAACCACACUGUAAUAAUCACUUUGCUUAUAGAGGUGGUUUUUAAAAGUGAGAAUGGAGAUCUCAAUCUGUAGUAGUGAAAUAUGGAAAAUUAUACUUACAAAGCCCUUGUUACUUAUUAAGUCUUGUUAUCUAAGAGGAAAACCUAUGGGUGUUUUCCUGCAACGUUGCCCUUGCAUCUGUAGUGAGUUUUCUGGAUUUUGCAUCAUGGAGUGACUGAAGCUGGAAGUGUGUUCCUGGGGUGGCUGAUAGGGAAUAUAAGGGCAUAAUGUAAUGAGAUAUAGAUGUUUUCUGGUACUGUUAAGAACAAAGCUCAGUCUGGAAGUGCCAGGUUGUGAGGCUGGGUCUCUGAGAUCAGUGGAUUGAUUCACAUGCCUGGUAAAUGGCAUUCAGUGUUGUAACUUUGUCAGAGGUUCUUCUGCCUUUUGUGUUGGCUGCUGCUGAAUACUGAAAUCUGUGUGUCACGAUGAGAAAUGUGCAGACGAAGUCGAAACUGCAGAUUGUGCUUGGAACCAGAGCCCCUGCUGCCGUGAUGCUGCCUGCUGGCGCUCCUGGAGCUGACCAUGCGCCGUUAAGUUGUCCUUGUGCUGUAGUAGGCGAGUUGGUUCCUGGUUCUGAUGUGGGUUUUCUGUGUGACGCCUGGCUGGGCAGCUGUCCUUGCCCUCUGCCAGCUGGGCAGGCAGCUCGCCUCUGCUGAGAUGAUCUUUUACAAUCAAACAUUUUUACAGUCAUUUGGAUCAUGUCUACUUUAGAAAUUUUACCAGAAUUCUGUAGUAAACUGAAUUUUAUUUUAAAUGAUGUAAAUUAUUCAAAUAAAAUAUCAAGCAUCUGC